UACAAAUUAGUUGAGAGUACACAUCCAAAUGGGGGAAGAAGACAGUUAGGAAGCUUAAACCCAAAAUCCCUCCUCAGUCGUGCACACUUCCGAACAAUCUGUCAAUACCGUCCUCUAAUGAAGCACUUUGCCGCUAAACCCUGGUCUGCUGUUGCCAUUUCUAGGGUUGUAAGGGCCUUCUUCUACUCCAAUGAAGCCAUAUCCUCUUCUUCGCCUCGAACUGACACUCUGUACCAUCGGAUGUCGCGGUUGGGGGAUCCCAAGAUUUCCAUGACCCCUGUGCUCGAACAGUGGGCCCAAGAAGGUAGAGACGUCAAGCAAUCUGAGCUCCAAAAAAUCAUCAAGCAAUUCCGUAAAUAUCGUCGCUUCACUCAGGCUCUCCAGAUAUCAGAAUGGCUGAGUGAAGCAAACUUUGGGCCUUCUUCUAGAGACAUAGCAAUUCAUUUGGAUUUGAUUUCAAAAGUGUAUGGUCUAGAGAGGGCAGAGGAGAAUUUUAAUAGCAUCCCAGAGUCUUUCAGAAUUGAUAAAGUUCAUGGCACUCUGUUAAAUUGUUACACCGAUAAAAAAUCCUUAGAAAAAGCAGAGGACCUUUUCCAGAAGAUGAAAAAGAUGGGGUUCAUCCAAACUGCAUUGACUUAUAAUGCAAUGCUAAGCCUCUAUUCUCGGAUGGGAAAGCACGAGAAACUAAAGAUACUAACGCAAGAGAUGGAACAAAAUGGCAUCAAGUUUGACAGGUUCACAUUAAACAUUCAGUUGAAUGCUUAUGCUGUUACUUCAAACAUAGAGGAAAUGGAAAAGCUUUUACUGAAGAUUGAAGCUGAUCAUCAAAUUGCAUUGGACUUCCAUUCUUAUUUUAUUGCUGCAAAUGGGUACCUGAAAGCUGGCUUUCCCGAAAAGGCAUUGAUUAAGCUUAACAGAUCAGAACAAGUGAUUCCCAAUAAAGAAAGGAAGAUUGCUUAUGAACGCCUCCUCACACUAUAUGCUGCUACAGGGAAAAAGGAUGAAGUUUAUCGUAUUUGGAAUCUGUUCAAGAAUGUGGGGAGAGUGUAUAACACCGGGUAUCUUUCUAUGUUCAGCUCACUAGUGAAGCUUGAUGACAUUGAUGGCAUGGAGAAAAUCUUUGAGGAAUGGGAAUCCGUGAACACAUUAUUUGAUAAUAGGAUUGCAAACUUGAUGUUAAGUGCUUAUUGCAAGAAAGGUCUUCUGGAGAAAGCUUUCGUUUGUGUAGACCGGCUUUUUAGUAAUAGUGGAUAUGAGCCUGAUGCCAACUUAUGGCUGUGCCUUUCAACUCAAUGUUGUAUAGAUGGUGAGAUGGGAAAGGCAGUGGAAUGCAUGAAGAAAGCGAUUUUGGCUGGUGGACCAAGAUGGAAAGUAAACCGUACAACCUUUGUAGCGUUUCUUGAAUACUUGAAGAAAGAGGGAAACAUGGAACCUGCGCAUGAGAUUUUGAGGUUACUACAUGAACGAGGAUUUUGCUCGGAUGAUUUCCAUAGAAAAUUUGUAGAAUACUUAAACAGUGAUAAAGAUUUAGGAGCUCUUGUUGCAAUGGAAGCUGAUAAUAACAAGGAAGAGAAUGAUGAUGCUGUAGAUGGAAAGAUGAGUGAGUAAAAUAUGGCUCAACAAAUGUCUCUACCAUUUGUUUUGUUAAAUUUUUUAGAAGAUGUUAUAGUCAUUAUGACAAACAAGCUCACAACAUGAUUGGUGUAAUGAACCACUUUCACAACAGCAGUUGCAAACUUUUAUUCGACUUA